CUCCUAUUCAUUCAAACAUUCAUUCAUUCAAAAGCAGCUACACAAGGAAUCUUCUGCCAAAAUAAUUCAAAAACCAAAGAUGAGGCAAGUCGUAUGUCCAAAAAAGGGAAUUUUGACAUUUCAUGCUGGCCAUUCACAAUUUUACAUGUCAUCUUCUCACAUGACAUUACACACUCAUCCUCCCACCACCAUCAUUUCCUUUCUUUCUUUCUCUUUCCUUUUCCUUCACCUUUACGCCCUCUAAAACGCCAGCUCUGAUCACGUUUUUUUCUCUCAAUUGUGUGUGAAUUUUGUCAUACCAACUUUCCUUUUUUCUCAUCAAUUCAUCAUUUUUUUCAACCUUCCUCAUUUUUUUCAACCUUCCUCAGAUUUUGAUCUAAUGACUCUUGUUUUCUUUACCUUAAUUUCUGAUUUUCAAGAAUACCCAGUUGCUCAAAUCUUCUAAAACUUACUAAAGUUGCCAUCUUUUGUACUCAAUUUGAGUUAAAUUAGCUUAAUUCUUCUUUUUGAUACAAAAUAAGGUCAAAUUUUGAUUCAACAUUUCAGAUUUUUGAACUUCAAUUCUCGUUCCCAUGAUAACCCAGUUCUUCUAUUUCCAAUUGGUUAAAUAUUUGUCAAUUUGAGUUCAGAAAUGGCUUAACUUGAGCAAUUUCAGGGCUCACGAUUUUCCGUGUAAUUUCCAAAAAGAUGGAAAGGUUAAUAGGUGAUGCAACAAACAUCAGGAAAAGGGGUUGUUCACCAUCUUCAUCAACAUCAUCUGUGAUCCAGCACUACAAAUAUAAAAGGGCAAUUUUGGCAAGAAAAAAAGGAUGUGGGGGCGGGGGAGGAGGAGGAGGGGGUGGAUCCACUACUCCAGUACCCACUUGGCGAAUGGUGGGGUCUAGGUCACCGUCGGUUGUUUUACGGGUAGCAGUCGCUUCGCCGCGGUAUCCGCCGAGCCUCUCAGGAAGGUCAAGGUCUGGGCAGGGGCAGGGGAACGGGCAACCACCUGUUUCUGCACGGAAAUUGGCGGCUACAUUGUGGGAGAUGAAUGAGAUGCCAUCGCCUAGAAUGAGGGAGGAGGAGGAGGGGUAUUUGAAGGAAAAGAGAGUUGGGAGGAGAGACAAAAUAAGGAGGUCUUGGAAUAAUUCAGGUUCUCUUCCUCCCCAUUUGUCUGAUCCUUCUCAUAGUCCUGUUUCUGAGAGAACGGAACGAUCUGGAAGAAGAGAAUCAACCAUAAGUAGGAGGCUAAAGAUCGAGCAGUUUGAUUCCGUUAGUAAUGCGAGUUUUAUGGAGAUAGAGACUAGAUCUCGAUGCCAGACCCCUUCUGGAUCAGCCGCUGGUGGGAGAAGCCGUUUGAAGGAUGUGAGUAAUGCUUUGACCACUUCUAAGGAGCUGCUGAAAAUCAUAAGUCGCAUGCGUGGUCAUGAUGGUCAACCUUCAUCGAGCAUGUCUCUCAUAUCUGCUUUACAUGCUGAGCUUGAGAGGGCGCGCUUACAGAUCAAUCAGUUGAUCCAGGAAGACCAAUCUGACAACAAAGAGAUCAAUUACCUUCUGAAACGUUUUGCAGAAGAAAAGGAAGCAUGGAAGAACAAAGAACAACAAGCAGUUGAGUCCAUAGCAGGAGAGCUCGAGGCUGAAAGGAAGCUUAGGAGACGACUUGAGAGCUUGAACAAAAAACUUGGUAAAGAACUUUCAGAGGCAAAGUUGUCAUUUGUAAAGGUGUCUAAGGAACUUCAGAGUGAGAAGAGAGCAAGAGGAAUUAUUGAACAAGUUUGUGAUGAGCUAGCUGGAAAUAUCGGUGAAGACAAAGCUGAAGUAGCAGAGUUUAAGAGAGAAUCAUUAAGAAUGCAAGAAGAGUUUCAAAAGGAAAGAGAAAUGCUUCAAAUAGCCGAGGCAUUGCGUGAGGAGAGAGCUCAAAUGAAACUCUCAGAUGCCAAGCUUCAGUUUGAGGAGAAAAAUGCAGCAGUUGAUAAGCUGAGAAAUGAGCUUGAAUCGUUCCUUAGAAGUAAUAAUAGUAAAGAAAAUGGGGUGUAUCAGAGAAGGGAUGUAGAUUUGGCCUUUUGUCGAAGUGAAGCUAAGGAGAGUGAUGAGGGAGAAGUAGAAAAUACAACUGACGAUGAUGGUGAAAGUGAUCUUCAUUCCAUAGAUUUGAAUAUUGAUGAUCCUUACAAGAGCAACUACAAGUUGACUAAUUCAUCCAUGACACCUAAGAAUCCGAAAAGACACUCAGUUGAUGAGCAACUCAAAGGGAGGAAAUCAAUAUUCAAUCAAGUAGCUAGAAGAAGCACUUCUUUACUUAGAAGUGUAUCUAAUAUUGUUGAAUGGGGCAAUGGCUCGAGUCAUGAAAUUGAUAAACAAAUUCCUAGAAAAAGUUGUGGGGAUGAGAUACAGAGGCAUAAAUCAGGGAAAGGUCCACGAGAUCAUGGUUUGCCUAGUUCUAGGUUUGGAUUGGAGAGAGAAUGUGCAAGUCCGUCUAGCCAACGUGGCCCUCCAUGGCCUUCACGGGAGCCAUGCAAUGUAGCACUGCAGAGACCUUUGACGAUGGAAGGGAAUGGAACUAGGGUAAGGCUUGAUGAAGGGCAUAACUCGAGGAGAUCAAGAAGAUGAUUUUAAUAUUUGGUUUUUUGAGGGUAAUGUCUUGUUUCCUGUGGUGGUAAACCUUUAUUUAAUUUUCGUUGUGGUUGCCAAUGUUACUUCCGCACUUUGGCUCUUUACUCCCUUGACCCCUUGCGACAAUGUGGGUUUUUGUAAAGUAGGAACUAUGUUUAAUUCUUUCUCCUUAAAGCAUCUCUUCUCUGUUUCCAGUGGAAGACUUGAUUAGUGCAAGAGUUGUUUGAAAAUUUGCUGAAAUCGUCAAAUUUACCAAUGUACAGAGUAUAUUUUAGAGAAGAUGGUUUUCCCUAUUGAGGUUGAUCUGUGUUCACUGUUCAGCCUUACUUUGCAUAGAAGUCUCACCGACAUACACAAAGACUUCCUCCAGGCGACAGCACCACAGCAGCUACAAAUGCUGUUUUCUGCUAGUUUGCAGCUUUGUGUAAUUUCCUAUCUUGUGUAAGUGUGUAACUUGCUUGAGAGAGAUAGUUUGAUCAUCCUCCAUUUCAUCUGUAAAAUGCAAUACGUACACUGUUACAAAACUGAUCAAUUCGCGUUUA